AUGUCCAAGAAGCCGAAAGUGAUCUUCAUCAUGGGGGCCACCGGCACCGGCAAGUCGAAGCUCUCCGUCGACAUCGCCACCCGAUUCCCGGCGGAGAUCAUCAACUCCGACAAGAUCCAGUGCUACAAAGGCCUCGACAUUGUCACCAACAAGCUUCACGAGUCCGAGCGCGGCGGCGUCCCGCACCACCUCCUAGGGUUUAUCUCCAACCCCGACGCCCAAUUCACCGCUGAGGACUUUUGCUGCCACGCCAACAAAUCCAUCUCAAUUAUCACCGGGAGGGGUCGGACCCCGAUCGUUGUCGGCGGCUCCAACUCCUACCUCGCGGCGCUCGUAGACACCGAUUUCCGCGCCAAGUACAGCCUUUGCUUCAUCUGGCUCGACGUCGAGCUCUUGGUCCUUUUCGACUACGUCAAUGAGCGGGUUGACCAGAUGGUGGAGACCGGCCUCGUGGAAGAAAUCCGCGAGUAUUUCGAACCCGGACUGGACUACUCGCGGGGGAUCCGCCGCGCCAUUGGGGUUCCGGAGAUGGAUGAGUAUUUCUUGUCGGAGAAGCAACAAUUGAAAGACGGUAAUAAUCUUGACAAGGAGGUUUUUCUUAGGCCUGCCAUUGAAGAGACGAAGCUGAAGACUCAGAUGCUCGUCCGGCGCCAGGUGGAGAAGAUUCGCCGGCUCCGGGACGAGCUCGGAUGGGAGCUGCACCGCAUCGACCCGACUGCGGUGUUCAAGAGGCGGCGGGCGGCGGAGGACAAGGCGGCGGCGUGGAAUGAGGUUGUGCUGACGCCGUGCUUGAAGAUUGUUGGAGAAUUUCUCGAGGAGGAUCAGGUUUUAAGUGGUGGUGAUCAUGAAGAAGAGAAUAAAAUUAAUGUGGAGUUGAACGUUAAGGCCGAUCAGUUUCGAAGCACUUCUCCCAUUUUUGCUCUGUGA